AUGCUUUUUUCUCUUUUCUUUUUUGCUUCCCAUACUUGCUCUAUUUUAGUUUUCUCUCACUCCUUUUUUUCUUUGCUUUCUACAACUUUUGAUUUUUACUUCCUUUCUUCCUCUUUUUUCUACUUCUUGCUUUUCUUUCUACCUUUAUAUCUCCUCUUUCUGUCCUACUAUACAUUUUUUUCUUUUCUCUCCUUUAUUCAUUUCUUUAACAUUCCUGUAUUUUUUUCAUUUUUAUGGCUUCUCUUUUUCCUUUUUCCUUCCUCUUUAUUUACUUCUGCUUUACUUCUUUAUUCUCCUCCUUUUUAUUCCAUCACUCUUUCCUCUCUCUCCUUCUUUUAUCUCUAUUUUACAUCCUCUCUCUGCUCCCUUACCCUUUUCCUUUCUUUUUUAAUUUCUGACCCUUUUCCUUUUCCUCCAUUUAUCUUUCAUACAUUUACUCUUACUUUUCUCUCUGUUUUACCGCCUGUCACCUUUCUCUUUCUUGUUUCCUCCCACUUUUUAAUCUUUCUUCCUCUUACUCUUUUUUUAUUUACUCAUAAUCCUCCUUCUUUCUUGUUUAUCUUAUCCCUCCAUUUUUCUUUAUCAUCUUCUUCACUUCUCUUCUUCCUUUCUUUCCUGUUCUUUUUACCUCUUCCCCACUUUCCAUAUUUUAUUUCUUUUUAA